CUGGCCCCCGAUCCCUUCUCUAGCCCAGGAAGGGGGGGUGGGGGAAGUCAGCACAGCGACAAGCUCCAGGUGGUUCUCUCAAGCACUUCACUGCCAAAAAAAAAAUCAAAUCAAAUCAAAUCCUGCGCUAGAAAACAAGCAUUAAAGAAGAAGAAAGAAGAAGAAGAAGAAGGAAAGAAGGGGGGUUCCCUAGAGGGGAUUGGUUCAGCCUGGAAGACAGGGAAAUUAGUAAAGCACGAGUCUCCAAGCCAUGCUGGUGGCCAGCACUCGGAGGAGAAGAACGCUUUCGGAGCAAUUAGGAGCGAGCUGAAGGCUGCUUGCCGCGGCUUCUGCCGCAGACGGGGAGGAAGUUCCGUCCGGAGGCUCCCUCCACAGCAGGCAUUUGCUCACUCCAGCUGCAAAAGGGUUUCAGAUGUCCCACCGCUGCCUGACCCCCUGCAAAUAAGGGUUGACCACCAGAGGCACAUCCCACCUCUUGCUUGUAAUCACUGACAUACACCGAGGCUACAGCUUCCAACCUGUUUACAACCAGACGGGGGAGAGAAGUUGGGAUUUCUCUCUCUCUUUCUCUCUCUGGAAUUUUUUUUUUUUUUUUUUUUUGGUACUUUCUGGAGGAUUCAAAGCAAAACAAAGAAACUGCCUCCUCUGGGCUGUCAGUGAGAAGGGACGAGUUGUACAACAGGCUUGCGCUUUGCCAAGGAAAGGGGGUGGGGAAAUCAGAAGAAGACCUUUCUGCAUCUAAGAUGGUAAAGAAAGGAGGGAGGAAGAGAACGAAAUAACCACGGGGAAGCCUCAGACCAGGUUGGGGCGGGGGGGGUGAGAGUACAAGGAGAGAGGAUUAAGCACCAUCACCACCACCACCAACACACACAAACCCCACCAACUUUCUUCCGUGAGGGAGGACUCGAAGGAUUAAAAAGGCAGCAACUUCUGAGGCGAUUUGUCCCGAGUUAUGGAUGUUGGUGCACUCACUUCAGGCCAGAUCAGAGCUCAGGGGGCUCUAACCAGAAGCAGCAGCCACCAGCUCUCCACUUGCCUUUUACCAGCUUUUACCCUUCCAGUAUGUUUCUUCUGAUGAGACAUUUUCCAGCGCCCAGCGUUUCAGUACAAUGUGCAAAUGGAUACUGACAAAUGGUGCCUCAGCCUUUUCCCACCUGCCUCGCUGCGGCGGCUGCUGCCUCUUCCUGCUGCUCUUCUUGGUGUCUUCUGGGUCUGUCAUCUGCCAGGACAUGCGGUCCCCAGAGGCCACCAACGCGUCUUCUUCAUCCUCCUCCUCCUCCUCCUCCUCCUCCUCCUCUUCAUCCUUCUCCUCUCCUGCCAGUGCGGGGAGGCACGUGCGGAGCUACAAUCACCUCCAGGGAGAUGUGCGCUGGAGGAAGCUCUACUCCUACAACAAGUAUUUUCUCAAGAUUGAGAAGAACGGCAAGGUCAGCGGGACCAAGAAGGAGAACUGCCCGGACAGCAUAUUGGAGAUAACAUCCGUGGAAAUUGGAGUUGUGGCUGUUAAAUCGAUUAACAGCAACUAUUACUUAGCCAUGAACAAGAAAGGAAAAGUCUAUGGCUCUAAAGAGUUUAACAGUGAUUGUAAAUUGAAGGAAAGAAUAGAAGAAAAUGGAUACAACACAUACGCAUCCUUAAAUUGGAAGCACAAUGGAAGACAAAUGUUUGUGGCCUUGAAUGGAAGAGGAGCUACAAAGAGAGGACAGAAAACAAGGAGGAAAAACACCUCAGCUCACUUUCUUCCAAUGGUAGUAAUGUCAUAGAUGAAGGAACUGUUUUAUUGAUGCAGUUGAACCAAAGGCUCUUUUGUCAAGUAUACUUGGUAAUCCUCUUGAAGAGUAAAGGCAAAGAAACAGUGCAGACGU